AUGGCACCCCUCAAGGUCUUCGUCACCGGAGCUACUGGCUACAUCGGUGGUGAUGUUUUCUUCAACUUCGCCCAGGCGCACCCCGACUGGGAAUACGCCGUCCUCACUCGGAGCAAGGAGAAGGGUGCUCAGGUGUCCAGCAAAUAUCCUAAAGCUCGCAUCGUCAUUGGUGGCCUCGACUCGUCCGACCUCAUCGCCGAGGAAACCAAGAACGCUGAUAUCGUUCUCCACUGCGCCGACUGUGAUCACAUCGCCUCGGCCGAAGCUAUCGCCAAGGGUGCCACCCAACACACCCCCGAGCGCCCCCUGUGGAUCAUCCACACCUCAGGCACUGGUAUCCUAACGGUCGAGGACUUCCGCACCAACACCUGGGGUCUGUACCGCGCCAAGGAGCACGACGACUGGGAUGGCGUCGACGAGCUGCUCAACCUCCCCGAAGACUCGCUCCACCGCAACGUUGACAAGAUCAUCAACGACGCCGGCAAGAACAACCCUGACAGCGUCAAGGUGGCCAUCGUCUGCCCUCCCACCAUCUACGGCCCUGGCCGCGGUCCCGGCAACCAAAAGAGUGUUCAGGCCUACUGGCUAGCCGCCGCCGUGCUGAAGCGCAAGAAGGGUCUCCUCGUCGGCAAGGGCGAGAACAUCUGGCACCAAAUCCACGUGCAGGACCUCAGCGACUUGUAUCGACUUCUCGGUGACGCGGCCGCCGCUGGUGGCGGCAAGGCCACCUGGAACGACAAGGGAUACUAUCUGGCGGAGAACGGCCCGUUCGUCUGGGGUGACAUCCAGCGCGAAGUGGCGCGCGUGGCGUACGAGAAGAAGCUGAUCCCCUCCCCCGAGGUCGAGGCUCUUCCGGACGCAGAGGUCACCGCGCUGAACCAGUUCGGUCUGUACGCUUGGGGAAGUAGCUCAAGAGGUCACUCUCUUCGUGCGCGCAAACUGCUGGGCUGGUCCCCGAGCAGGCCCAGCUUGAAGGAACUGAUCCCUGAGAUUGUCGAUAUCGAGGCGAAGGACUUGGGACUUUGA